AUGGAACAAAAUCCGGUAUAUAGUCCGGAUGCACAGCCCUUUGAACUAUUAAUAGAGGGUUAUAACAACAGGCUCAGAAAUCGCGCCCUGAACCGAACUGGAGAUAGCGGCUAUUUAACAAGUCCGGAUUCACCCAUAAUAUUAAUGGAUAAUUGGGAACGAUAUUUUCCGAGCCCAAUUCAUGAACCAUCGGUACCUCAAAAUACACCGUCACAAAAUACACCACCGCAGUACAAUGUAAUAUCGUCGCCAGAUUUAUUUCCAGAACUUGAAUCAUCGUCAUCUAUAGAUUCACCGAAUAUGUUAAUUCCUCGUGCGCCUAUAAGAUAA